AUGGAACACAAAUCAGUAAUAAUAAUUGGUGGCGGUAUGUCAGGUAUCAAAACUGCCAUUGAUCUUUUUCACGGAGGUGUUGAAGAUACCUUAAUUUUGGAAGCUAGAUCUCGACUUGGCGGGCGAAUAUUAUCAAAAGAAUCACCUAGUAAUAAUGGUGUAGUAUACGAUUUAGGUGCGAGUUGGUUCCAUGAUGGAUUGAAAAAUCCAUUGUUUGAAAAGUCAAAAAAAUUGGGAAAUAUAGAUUACUAUUUUGAUGAUGGCAAGUCUGCAUUCUAUAGUGCUACUGAAGAUGGGAUAGUCGAAUCUUGGAAAUUUGACGCAGUUGUUGACGAGUUUUACACGUACUCUGCCUUGACAUAUGAAUCAGACCCAGACAAGCAAGAUAUGUCUAUUAAAGAUAUGUGGAAAGAAUAUAGCUCACAAUUUGAUGAUCGACUCAAUGAAAACCAGAGAAAACAUGCACCAGCAGUGAUUAGAAUGUGGACAGAGCUCUGGCUGGGUGAGAGCUGGGAUCAAUUAUCGGCAAAGCUCUCGUUGGAGAGAAACUCUAUGCACCAUUUAGGCAGAAACAUUUUUAUCAAGAGUGGAUAUACAAAGGUUUUAGAAAAUGAAUUGAAUGAGCUACCGGAAUCGUAUAGAAGAGCCUCGAUUAAACUCGAGGCACAAGUAAAGAAAAUAGAUUUUUCAGAUCCAAAAAGAAUCAAAGUGCAACUAUCCAAUGGUGGUAAAGAAUACAGUUGCGACUAUUUGGUGGUUACUGUGCCUCAGACAGUAUUGGCCAUUACUGAAAAAGAUGAUCCUCAGUAUAUUGAGUGGACUCCAAAGGUACCCACUCCGAUCUCUGAGCUGAUUAAGGAUUUGAAGUUUAGCUCAUUGGGGAAAGUAGUGCUUGAAUUUGACGAGUGUUUUUGGCCAAAAGAUUUUGAUCGUUUUUACGCACUAACAACAAAUUUCCCAAAAGUAGAUGUUAAUGACAAUGGCUGUAGUGAAACCAUAAUCGAGGCUUGGGAUUUUCCAGCACUAUUCCUAAAUUUUCAAGCCAUUCAUAAUGUUCCGGCGCUUGUGAUAUUGACACAACGGCCACUUUCCGGCUAUAUAGAAGAAUUAUUGCAAAGGGGUCAUAGUGAUAAGGUAUGGCACAUCUAUAAACCCAUAUUAGAAAAAAUUGCAAAGAAUUCACAAAUCCCAGCCCCUACUAAUAUUUUGUGUUCACCAUGGAAUGGCGAAAAGUACAGUAGAGGCUCAUAUGGAACCAGUUUAGUCGGUGCUGAAGACUCUGCGGCAAUCGUCGAGAAAUUUCAACAAGGAUUCCAAAACAGAAUCAGAUUUGCUGGCACCGAGACAAUGGGCGACACUUCAUCCGGUUGUGUACAUGGAGCUUGGUAUAGCGGACAGAGAGAAGCUAAAGCUAUUUUGAAAUCGAUGUCGAGCGGAGAGAAGGAGGUGCUGGCAGAGAGCAGAUGA